CUCAUUGGUCCAUAAAGCUCAAGCCUAAGCUCAGGUAGAGAUAACACCAGCUAUCUCCGUCAGGCAUCGGUAACGUAGAUAACAUAUCCAUUUCAACUACAAGAGCAAGCCGAUUUCGAGAAUACCUAUAUCAAUAUGAUGACCCUAGAAGAGAUCCUACGGAUCAUCAGAGAUUUUUUUCAGGGCGUAGUGCUCCAAUUCAACAUCAGUGAUGUGCCACCCUUUAUCUUCGACUGGAUGAGGGCCCACCCUGGACAAACUGUCUUCUACGUCGUCAAUGGUGUCCUGGUCUUUACGCCCGCUUUUCUUACGGGACCGGUCCUCGCAUCGAUGGGCUGGGGGGCUUCAGGUCCUACUGCUGGCUCGGUCGCGGCUUGGAUUCACUCAAAGAUAGGAAUUGUCGGAGCUCGUACCGCAUUUGCGUAUUUGCAGAGCGCUGGGAUGGGAGGAUAUGGGACUGCUGCUGUUAAUGGGAUGGCGCAGGUCUUUGGGGUGGUUUCGGGGGGUGCCGCCUCAGUGUACUCCUACUUCAACUCUACUGGCAGUCCGGAGUAGACGAGAAAACAAUUAAUAAAACUUCUUCACUAU